UUAGUGCAAGUGAGUUAACUUCCUACUGCGUCAAUGAAAAUAUAUAUGAAUCAGGUGUACAAGGAACUCACGGUUUCACACGCAGCAGGGACAGUUUAAUUGUGCCUGAAUGAUCGGAGAGGAUCGUCAGAUUCAAAAAAAUAUGUACCCCCAGGGCCUUCAAAAUGAUUAUCACAAGAAGAAGCACGGGAGCCACAGAGGAAUAUUUGGUUUAAGUAAUAACGAAGCAAUCCUUCUCCAGCCUUUCUGAUGUUGUUUCCUACUUUGAAUUAAACACAAUCCUUUGAUUGCCAUUCAAGUCAUUCCAAUUCCAUCUGCUUUAUUCUCCCAGAAGAUAGACUCGAGAGGCUAUUGCUCUUAUAUAUAAUCCCUUCUUACAUAGACAAACACACAAACGCAAGGAGUACUUCAACUCAAAUUCACCAAUUAAAUAAUUAUCGCAGCUAGAAAAUUUCAUCACUCGACUUUUCAAAAAUGCCUUCAGAACAAGUUAGACUGAGCCAAUCCGCAUCUGCCGAAGCAGAGAAGCACAGGCAACUGGACAGAGAAAUCAGGGAGAUGGUGUCCGCUAUCACUCACCGGGUCACGGAUCUCCAAAAAUCAUCCGGGUCAGGGUCAGCCCAGAAUCUGGAGGACGAGGAAGAUGACGGAGUGAGGAUCAUCACCCUGGCGGGGAACAACACCGGCGCCACCCUGCGAAGCGAACUGGGAGAAAAAUCAGGUCAAUUUCACGGGAGUGAAGAACAGGAUGAAUUGGAUACUUACGUGAACAGCAAUUUCCAGGCGAUAAACAACUCAAUGAUGAUGGGCGGUAGCUACGAGGCGAACGAUCCUGGAGUGUGCUUGGAUAUCUCGGAAUUCACAGGGCCACGAUCAGGACACCGUGAGAAGCAUGGGAAGAAGGCCAAGAAGGAGAAGAAGAAAGAGAAGGAAGCCGAAGCCUCGUCCUCCGCCUCCUCCACUGAGCAACACCAUUCUGGUUGAGAUAAAUGCUGUGGUUGUGCAGUUCUGAAACUAUACGUCCAAUUCUUCCUUGAAAAACGCGGGUGGAGCUCGUUGAUUUCCCGUUUGCCUCUUCAUUGUGUGUUUGUUCCCUCCUCCUUUUUUCCGCACGUAAUUGUUAUUUUAUUUCUGCGCUAAUCAUGGGUGAAGGAAUCGGCUCUUAAUUAUCAUUAUAGGUUUGUUACAUCAUAAUAAUGGUGUGAUGACUAAAUAACAUUACUUUAUUUAUUU